UUGUUGCUACUGUUUGUAGCAUUUUGGCACAUUUUCUUAUGAAUUUACAUUAGUAAUUUUACUUACCAGCAGCAAACAUGCGAAACGCGAAAGAGUGAACGCUACAGGAACAAUUCAACCAACAUAACGCUAUUUAUAAACAUAGCGUUUGCAAAAUUAGCUUUAAAUUGAAUAUUCCUAACGAAUGUCCCUGUUACAUCGUAGAGAGUGUGAGCUAGCUACCAUGAGGUUCACUCAACGGUAAUGUGACAUUUCUUAACCGCUCACUAUCAUUAGAACGCACGAAGUGACAUGUAGACAAAUGUGACAGUGUCUAUUUAAUUCUACCUAAUGCCUGUCGUGAUGGCUGCCCUGUAUCGAUGCGUCCUGUUCAACCGAAUUUCCAAAAAACAAACAGGUUUGAUACCUGUCGUGACAUUUGGAUAUAAUGCGUCUCCUCCACAGUGGAAGACUCCUGACUUCUUCUUGCGAGCCAAGAGUACAGCCUUAACACAGAAAGCAACUAACCUAAGCACUAUGGCUAGCAAGGCAGACAAGAUCAGUGUUUCUUGUUCAAGGUGUCUGUCGUGUAAAGCUUCAGCCGUAGAUGGAAAAGCUCGGGUGAAGAGAGUUUCUAUUGAAGGCAACAUCGCUGUUGGAAAGUCAACUUUUGCUAGACUCUUGCAGUCAGCCUGUCCAGACUGGGAGGUGAUGGCAGAACCUGUCAGCAAGUGGCAGAACAUUACGAGUGGGACCUCAAAGGGGACAGACGCAUCCCCCCAGACGACAGUCAGCAACCUCCUCCAGAUGAUGUACCAGGACCCCCUGCGCUGGUCGUACACAUUUCAGACAUAUUCGUGUAUGAGCCGGCUAAGAACACAACUGCAGCCUCCUCCAGCUCGCCUGCUCAGCUCAGAGGGAACACCAGUCCAGGUGUACGAGCGCUCAGUCUACAGCGACAGAUACAUCUUUGCCCUGAACAUGUUUGAGUUGGGUUGCAUCAACCCUACAGAGUGGGCAGUUUACCAGGACUGGCACUCCCUCCUGGUGGAGCAGUUUGGACACAAGGUGGAGCUGGAGGGCAUCAUCUACCUCACAGCCCCACCAAAGAAAUGUAUGGAGCGUCUGGAGCGUCGGGGAAGGGCAGAGGAGAAGGCAGUGAAACUAGACUAUCUGGAAAAGCUGCAUGUUCAACAUGAGAGGUGGCUUGUUGAGAAGACCACUGAAGUACAUUUUGAGAAGUUAAAACAGAUACCUGUGUUACAACUCGAUGCCAGUGCUGAGUUUCAGAGUGACCCAGAAGUGCAGGAGCAAGUUAUUACAAAGGUGAAGAACUUCUUCAAUUCUUUGUGAGAGGACAGUCAUCAACUAACAUCAACAGUGGGAAAGAGAUGAGACCAGUCACACUUCAUUCAGUCAAGUUAACUGACAUAUAAAUACAUAUGAGUUUAUCAGAGUGAAAGAAAUAUAAAGUAAUAUAAAACAGAUUCCUCUCUUUGAUAAGCCGCAAUCUCUACCUGGCCUGCAUGCAACGCAGAUUGAGUUUUGUCUGUAUAUGAAUGUUCUUCAAAAAAGACUUUUAGAUAAGUUUUUUUUUUUUUUUUUAGAUUUUUGUUGGUUGCUUAUUUAUUUGUUAGUUUUGAGCGUCACUGAGUAGUCAUAAAAGUUACUUCUAUUACUGUUUAUUCCACUUGAAAUACUAAGAACUAUUUCUCUCCCUCACACAAUAAUUAACAUAUCCAAGUGAUUGAAACGUAGAUCAGUUAAAUGGUUUUAAAGUCUGUGUAAAUUAGAAUUACUAUGACCAUUUGGAAACACAGUUUACUGAACAUCACAUAGUUUUAGUGCACUGUUGUAUACAUUCCUGACUGGAACAAGCAAACAAGACAGGUAUUGUAUUUGUUCUUUUUCACUAAAUAAAGAUGUAUUCAUUUUUAAA